AAGAAACAGCCCUUAGAAAGAUACGACGACAUGGGUAAUCAAUUCACAAGACAUCUCAAAUCCCAAGAUAUCUUCAGGAGUUACUUUGAUCAGAGGGAUAUAGCAGUCAAUUCGCAGAUUCCCAUUAAUUUGCUAGCCAUCCGCAAUGAUCGAGACUUGUACUACUCGGUGCGUAACAUUAUGCGAUGUUGUGAUAUCAGCAAGGGGAACACCAAUUAUCAACUUCUAGCACACGACGUUUCCUCUGCUGGUAUGGAUGUCAUUGCUCUUGAAAUGAAUUCCAGCGGGACGUUGCUUGCUUUGAUUGGUGAUGCAGCUCGUCUUGAGGUGCUUGCGUUACCCGAUGGGAGCACUAGUAAUUCCAUAUACUUGAAGAGUGCAACUUAUCGGAUUAGUGGCAGCAAUAAAGGAAUCACGAAAGUUCUUUGGCAGCUGGUGGUUGCUAAUGACAGCAUGCUUGUUGUUCUUGACUCCGACGAUCAGAUUAAAGGGUACGACUUGACGAAAUCAUUGGAGAUCCCCCAGGUUGAAGUGAAUAUGAAGGAAGUUUUGGCAGCAGAUGAGAAAACCACAUCGAUGUCCUUUGGGUCAGACAAAAGUCUAACCGGUGCAUUGACGCUUUAUGUGAGUACGUCCAAGGGGAACAUUUUCGCCGUAUACCCAUUCAUUUCAAAGACUUGCAAUUUGGCAGUGACGCUCGACCAAGUGGACCUUGCGCUUGAAGAAACCAAGCUGGUUAUGCAACUAAUCCAGGACAGAUUCCCACCGGCGGACUUAUUAGACACGGCAUCUAGCGAGUUAGACACAGCCGCAAUCAAACAGUAUGAGUAUUAUCUGGGUUUGAAGACUCAAUUGACCAAUGGAUUGCCUACGGUGAAGGAAGUUCGAGGCAUUCAUUCACGAGGAGAAGCAAUUCACGAAUUGGAAAUUGUUCUGCCUAGAUUGAGUGAUUCUUGGCAAGGCUCCAAGGUCCAAGGACCAGUUGCCACAGUUGAUACUGGCAUCGAUGAUCUUAUUCAAUUUGCCAAUAAUGACCAUGUGAGUUUUAUUAGUGCCGUGGGAAGGAAUGACAAUUCGACAUCUGUUUCUUAUUUUGUUCAAGUUUCACCAUUAUUGAUGAAGUACAAGUCUGCCACCGAUGAUAAAAAAGUAUUAGUUGCUGUUCCUAAAGUCGAGAAAUACGCUAAGCCCAAGGUAGGUUUCGGAUACAUUGAAGAAGAAGACCAGGAUGAUUCUGAAACUCGUCGUGUCCAAGAAACUGAAUUUUGGAAGAAGGACUUGUCCAUAUUGGACAAAUUGCAUAGUGACGUGAUUCAAACUAAAGGAGCCGGAUCACGUUUUGUCAAGUUGAGUGAUGCCCGAUUUGCCGUGGUUAUCGACACUGACGUGGUUGUGGUGGAACAUCCUUGGACUGAUUCAAUAAUUUCUCAAAUGAAACAAGAACUGAAUGAAGAUGUCGUGGUUGACAGCUCAUAUUUCCUUGCUAGUGCCGACAAGGAGCCUAUUACAUCAGUAGGUUAUAUCAAGGAUACACUUACCGAUACUGGGGAAUAUUUAGUGGUGAUUCGAUUUAGAGAAGAUAAGAAUUUGACUAUUAUUCCUAUAGUUGACAACACUCCAAAACAAGAUCUUGUGCAAGUUAAAGAGAAGGAUGAGACGCGGGCAAUAUUUAAACCCGUGGGACGACACAGUGAACCACCGUUGGCAGAAAUCACAGAAGAGCUUAAUCGAUUACUGGUUUCCGAGCAGGUGAAAUCUUUGAGCAAAGAACAAGCUGACAUGUUGGAUGAAUUGAAUCAGGUUUCUAUGGGCACUAUAGGGAAAGUUGUCCAGUUUAGUGGGGUUUCCAUUAAAUUACAAGCAAAGAUUAUAGGUAUACUUGAAUCGUUGAAAUUGCAAGCCAAGUCACUUGGACACAUUGAAGAAAAAUCUAAAGAAGUUAAUUUGAAGCAACAACAAGAACGUAUUGACAAGUUAUUAAAGAAGCAAACCAAAUUGGACGACAAGAUGUACGCAUUACAAAAGAAGAUCAUUACUGGUAUUCAGAAAUAUUCAAGCAGUAUUAGUUUGCCUAUAAGCGAAGCCGAACGCAGCUGGUUCCGCGAAAUCAAUUCUAUAAAUGGACAAGUCAAUUUGAAUUCUCAAUUGGGCGACUGUUUAACUGAGGCGGUGGAGAAAUUGGCCAAACAAGUGGAAGUUAUUGUUGAUGAAGCCAAGGGAAGAAGGAAACAGGACCAGGCGGAUCAAGUUGACCAUUUGAAACAGUUGGAGUUACAGCAACGAUUGAACAAAUUGUCCUCGUGGUUGAAGGACGAAGAUGGCAUGAUUAGCGAGAUGAAGCAACGAUUGGUUCUGUUGACUACUGCUGUAAACUAGCGGCGACUUUCAACCCAUCAUACCAUCGAUCAUUAAAACAUUGGAUGCAUAUCUCAGCUAGUUGUUGUUUGGUGAAUUUGAUAUGAAUUUCUUCAGUUUCUGGCAUGAAUUGUAUCGAGUGGAUAUCAUCAUUGUUUAUAUCAAGUUUGGCACAUUCAUCAUUUAUAUCGAGUAUUAUAUCUUGUUGUAGCGUUUCAUCGUAGUCUGACUUGCGAAACAUUCCUGUUAGUAUGACCACGGCUGGAUGGCGCAGUUUGAGUUUUUGUUUAAUUGACUCUAUUUCAUUGGAGUAGUCUUUCUUUGGCUUUUCACUGAAUGUAGCUGGUUCAACUUUGAUUGUCGUGUCUUUGACGGUUGUUCCAUCCAUCAUAUCAAUAGCCAUAGUUACACUCUCUGGUUUGUUGUAUAUGACCAAAGCCUGACCAUUGAACUCGUGCGUAUUUGUAGCAGUAUAUAACUUGACACGGGGAUUCCCUUGUUUGUCAAGAGCAAUCAGACCGUAUUUACUAAACAAAUCGGCUAUCUCUUGCGAAGUGAUGGUUACUGGAAGGUUCGAUAUAAAUGCAGCUGUAGUGGUGGUUUUCUUUUGCUUGAGUUCAGAUAGUUUCUGCUUAAGUUUAGACAUUUGUUCAGUACGUGCUUUUUUGAUGUGUGAUUUGUUGACUUGUUCAUCGUCAUCGUCAUCGUCGUUGUCGUUGUCGUUGUCGUUGUCGUCUUCUAGCUCAUCUAGUUGUCGUUUUCGAGGGAUCCAUUUGUCUUUGGAGUAGUCAUAGGUGUACUCUUUCGAGUCAUGUUCGAAUAUCCAAUUGCUUUGUUCAAGGUGAAUUCUUUCAUCUAUUGUAGACACGUCAACUGACGAGAGAUCUGUUGGCAGUGGUGGUCUUUCUGGGAAGUUCAUUGGUGAU